AUCAGAAAAGACCGCCUCCCUCCCUGCCCACUACUCGUAAGCCAAGAGGCGGGGUUCUGCGUCGCGGCGGGCCGUGGCCAGGGCAUGGCGACCGCGGAUCCCAGCGGGCCCGGGGUAUGGAUGUCUACCCCGGGACCGCGCCCCGCCGGGACCCUGGACUGCGCAGCGGGAGCUACGGGGCUGCCUUUCGGGCGAAGCGGCAGUGGAGUCACCCGACUGGGGGAGCGGCUCCCGGCGGUUGUGGAGAAGAGGGGGCCGUACAUGGUGACGCGUGCGCCUUCCAUUCAGGCCAAGCUGCAGAAGCAUCGGGAUCUGGCCAAGGCUGUUCUUCGGAGAAAAGGCAUACUGGGGGCCUCGGCGAACCGCCCCGACUCUUCAGCGAAAAGGUCAGUGAAGUUUAACAAGGGCUAUACUGCCCUUAGUCAGAAUCCAGAUGAAAACCUGGUGUCCCUCGACUCUGACAGUGAUGGGGAGCUGGAAUCCAGAUAUUCCUCCGGGUAUUCCUCUGCAGAGCAGGUGAACCAGGAUGUGAGCCGGCAGCUGCUCCAGGAUGGGUAUCACCUUGAUGAGAUUCCAGAUGAUGAAGACUUGGACCUCAUUCCUCCCAAGCCUAUGGCCUCUUCAACAUGCUCCUGCUGCUGGUGCUGUCCUGGGGACUCUCCUUCCUGUACUCUCCAGUAGACAUAACCCCCUAAGACGGGCCCUGCUCACCGUGCCCUGCAGAGCCCUGUGGGCCCUUCUUAGGUCACGGAGUGCAGUGGGGAGUGCGGUCAUCCCCAGAAACACUGGAGGCACUGACCCUCUUGGAAGGUCAAUGACCUGCAGCUAACGCCUUAUAUGGUGCUUCUAAGGCCAGAGGCCCCCAUCUGGACCAUAGGGUGAUAGGUGGAAUUCUGCAGUUUUCCUCUGCUGUUAGAGUUUGGAAAAACCACUUUAAUAAGGGCAGGAACAGAGGAAUUCUGAUUCUUGUGGUGACAAAGUUGGCUAAGGAAAUCUUUCAGACAUCUUGACUGGUAUUUGUCCUACUCUGUGGAGAGAGAGAGAGAGAGCUUUUGUGCCCUGGCUAUGUUGGAUGGUGGUGUAUGGAAGCAGAAAAUAGCACUUUAUGGCUUGCAGCUGGGAGCCUUUGAAAAAAAUAGCUGAACUAUUUGGGACCAGUUUAAGAAAUUCCACAAUGCUCGGUCUUCCUGGCUCCAUGAUGAGGCCCUCAAGAAAGCAUAAAGCAAGGCCCUUUGGCCUUCUUCCCCUUGCACCUGUUUGACUUUGGCAGGGAACACAGCACGCUGCUUGAUGGCACAGCAGGAUCAAGGCUUCCAGAAUCCCUGGACCUGGACCAUCCCCAGCUGGCUUUAACUGUCUGGGUGGGUUUAAUGACUGUGGUCAGCCCACCCCUAGUUGGAGAAAAAUUGCUCCGCUACGUACAUAUUUAUUUAUUUGUCUGUCUUCUCCUGGUCUUCGUUAGUUCAACAUCCAGUCUUUUGAGUGUCACGGUUGGGUGAAAGGACUGGAGCUCGCUGGGAAGCCUGCAGGUGUGGGUGACCAGCAGAGGGAGUGGCAGGGAUCUGUCAGGUGCCUUCCUAUUUAGCUUCUGAAACUUGAGAAUAGCAAUGGGUAAGAAGUGUACUCACCUGGCUGGGUGGGGCUUUGAGGUGGGCAGAGGCUCACAGGAUGUGGGGGAGGGAUGCGUGUUGGCUCCCUGGGCCCCUGCUUGAGAUCAUCGGCCAUUGCAGAGGGCCUCCCCUUAGAUACGGAGGAUUGGGCUUUACAGUAAACCUCUGGGGCACCCCAGCCUCAGCCCUGUGUGAGCACAGCUGAGACAGGCAUAAUCUCCCCCAGUGAUCACACCCCCAUCCCAGAUGGUAUCUCUUGCUCUACCAGUCCUCUCUAGAUUUUUCAGUGGUUCUUUUUGGGGGCGGAGGAGGCACAGCUCAUCUAGAGCUGUGGUGAGAACUGAAGGAGAGUGGACACGGCUCCCAGCCCAAGGGGCGUGGUAGUCAGGAUUGGGGUGUGGGUGCUACACAGGAAGUGCCUGAUCUGGUGAUUUAUUCAAUGUCCUGCAGCAUCUAGAGAAAUGAGGGCUGACACGGACUCUUGUUCUACCACCAUGAGGUGAUUGGAAGGCUGAGGUCAGAUGAUGAGGGUAACCUGUCAGUGCUUGAUUGGCCUCUAUCUUGGUGCUUCUGUCAAAUCAUAGAAAGUUGAGAAGAAUACAUGGUAUAGAGGGCUAUGGUUAGCAUUUUCUCAUCUAGUAGCAUCACAGCAGGUGGGAAAUGGGAUGGAGGCCACUUCAGGCACUUUGGGGUCUGGGGAAUUGGGGAUGCAGAUGGUUUCAGGACUGGGACUCUACAGUGCCACACAGGUGCCUCAUGUGCUGAGCCCUUGGCGCUCAUGCCUGCAGGCAUCUGAAGAUAGGAGGAGCCAAGGGCAGCUCCACAGAGACUGUCUUCAGGCUGUCAUGGUUUCUUUGGAGGUGCCAGAGUGCACAUGAAGAGAGGGCACAGAUGCAGGGCGGUAUGGAGAGACGGUGGUGGUGGCACGAAGCCCAGUGGGGCCACAUUUGUGUGGGGAAGUUGGUUAGAACAGAAUUAGUUAGCAGCAGCUGUGGGUGAGGGGGGCAGCAGGACCCCAAGACCAAGGGCCCUCCAGAUGGUUAUUACUUUAAGUCAACAUGGAUGUAUUUGAAUCUGUUCCUGGAUGAUAUUCCAGAACUGGAAUAUCCACUCCAUGUGGAAGACAUUAUCUUUGUGGGGAAAGUUGCAGAACAGGGCCACUAGGCAGGGUAGAAAUGGUCUGUUGUUUGGGGCCAGAGGUCCCAGGCUAAAAUGUCACCAGUAAAGGCACCAAGGUGCCUACAGCCAAACUGCCUUAAUUCAGAGAGCUGGGUAAUCUGCAGGUGACAGUGUCCUGGGGGGAGAGGGGUGUACUCGCAGUUAACCUCACAGAGGAAUACGUGUAUGGUGUUUACAGAGUACUCUGCGAACUCUUGGCUUAGGCUUCUACAGCUCUGGAAGUUUUUAAGAAUAAAUACAAUCAUGCUAGUUGA